AUGAUGGACAAUGAAAUCAGGAGGACCUUCACUAAGUGUUGGGGGAGGGAUAUCUCCCAGUAUCGGGGGAGGACCAUCUCCAAGUAUUGGGGAGGAAUAUCGCCCAGUAUCGGGGGCGGACCAUCUCUAAGUAUCGAUGAAGGAAUAUCUCCCAGUAUCGGGGGCGGACCUUCUCUAAGUAUCGAUGAUGGAAUAUCACCCAGUAUUGGGGGCGGACCAUCUCUAAGUAUCGAUGAUGGAAUAUCUCCCAGUAUCGGGGGAGGACCAUCUCUAAGUAUCGAUGAUGGGAUAUCACCCAGUAUCGAUGAUGGAAUAUCGCCCAGUAUUGGUGGCGGACCAUUUCCACUUAUCGGGGGAGGACUAUCUUCAAGUAUCGGGGGAGGAACAUCUGCCAGUAUUGGGGGAGGAUCAACUUCUAAUGUCGGAGGCGAUGAUAUCAGCAUUUCGCAACUUUCCAUUACAGAGAAUGAUAUAAUUGCAUACUAUUAUCUUGCUUGUGGGUUUGACAAAUAUAUUUGCCUAUGGCAAAGUGCAGACGGCUGGGUAAAUGUUGAUGUCAUUGGUGGUUCAAUAGAUGUUCCAGUUCCAAAGGGAAAGGUUCUAACAUAUGAUUCAAGCCAAUCAAUUUUUGAGAUGCCUGUUUUAACAUCUCCGAUCAUUAACAACACGGAAGGCUCCUACUGUUUCCUAAUGCAAUAUCGAGCGCAUGAGGACACCUCGCUUAAUAUAUAUCUCACAAUUGGAAACAACUACAAAGAAUUAUGGAAUAACCCUAUUAAGGACCUGAAAUGGCAGCUUCUCCGAGUGGAUUUAGAAAACAUAUCAGGAAAUUUCCAAAUGUUCAUAACAAGCGUCCCUAAACGUCAGAAUGUGUCAGUCAGUAUAGAUUACACAGAUCUACGAUCUGGUCCAUGCAAUCCUUCCAUGAUUGUAGAAGAAGUCCUGGAUGUUAUUGAAAAUGGGUCCAAAGCUGCCUAAGACACGGAAAGU